AUGUCUUCGUUAAUGAAUAAAAUCUCAUCGGAGUUUGAAUACCACCGAAUCUCCUCUAAAUAUACAAAAAGACGACCUCUUAAGGCUCUCAAGAAAGAAGAUCCACCUCCUCAACCUCAUGGAACAAACUUUUCCACUCUAUACCACCCAGGUGAUGAACACUACUACAACUCACGAUCCCAAUCUUAUAAUGAUAACGAUGCAGUACCUGACGCGCAUUCCUCAAAUGCCCCCCACCGUAACUCAACACAAGCUUUCAGGGAUGUUACAAUCUAUGAGGAACGAAAUAGCUUUGAUGAACCCGCAUUCCAUGGCCAGUCGUACCCAAGCGUAGUACCAUUCCCUCAAAUAGGUAGUAACACCACCAAUGGUGCAACCUCGUCUUUCUCAUCCUCGUCGUCCAAUCACGGAGCUUUUACCUCAAUGUCGUCAAGGAACUCAUCCUCUACUUCGGUAGACCAUCGUUCAGGUGCUUCUCCAAAUUCUACGGGAUCUAUGACCUCCGCUGCCUCAUCUAACUUUGGAGUUUCCAGACCCAGUCCACUCCGCAGUGCCACUGCAAGCCCCGAUACUCCCACUGGCGACCUUUCGCACGGAUCUGCCGCCCGUGCGCGUGCUUAUACAGCUUACACUGGAGGACAAAAGUCUCAAGAUUCUUGGUCGUAUCGACCUUACGAUUCAACAGCUCAUGGCGUUGCUGCUUCCACCAAUGUAGCAGAAACUUACACUCUACCACCUCCACCUCCUGCUUCACGCCGAUCUACACCGUCGUCAAAUUACGGAUCUGCAAGUGUACAGCCGUCAUUUUCUAGCGGUACAGGAAUUAGUGCUUCUGCUGGCUCAGGCACAUUCCAUAAUAACAAUCCGUUUAAAAUUGCACCUACCAACAACAACAACAACAACAACAACAUGAACAAUACUACUGCUACAUCUCCAACUGCAAUUACACCUUCUUCACAAAGAAAUGAUUAUGAUGAUGAAUACAACCGCCGUGGUGAAGCAUUUAAGGAACGCUUAACAGCAUCACAUAAGCUUUCAAACUUUCACGACCAACUUACAAGUAUUCCUGAACCCCGUUGGAGCAUUGAGUCUGACGAAAGCUACCGGGAUGGGUUUGAGCCAUAUGUGAACCACGGAUCCUUCAACACUACUAAUGGUAUUGGGCGUCGCAACUCAUUAUGGACCAAGGUAAAGCGUACACAAUCGCAAAUCUUCUCGACAGCUGCAAACACAGCUUCCGGUGUUGCAAGCUCGACCAUUUCUCUGGCUCGUCGCGGGUCGGCAGCUGCUGGAUCUCGUGGCUCGUACCGCAUGGCUCCAGACUCUUCUUCGCGCGAAGACUUUUACGACCAGGAUGAUCACUCAUGGGGGGUAGGUGCUAACGGAGCACAUUCCAGUGGAGGAAACAAUCCUGCGACCGGGAUGGGUCCUCGACGACCCCGGUUUUUAUCGCUGGGCGGCAAGUCGUCAUCCUCAUCUAAGGGGAUGGAAUUUUCUGAAGGAUCUUACUACGAUGAUCAUGAUAGAGGUCACAGCUCAUUCAGAGAUAGCGAGGAUGGAGAUGAAGGCAAUCGGUAUAACGAUGGGUUUAAGGAUGAACCUGUGGAAGAUUUGUCGUAUCGUUACAAGCAGGGAUACGGUAGUACAGGGUACGGCAGUGAGAAACCGAAACGCCGCAACAGUUUGUUAGGAAGAUAA